CAUAGAAAAAACAAAAUGAACCCAUCUUCUUCUUCAUUUUGCACCCUGUUUUCUUCCUUGUUCCUGCUAUUAAUCAUAAUAGGAAAUUUCCCAGCUUCGAAAGGCUCAUUUCUAAUUAGUCCCCUGUUUGAUAAUCCAUUAAUAAACCAGCUCCAACAGCUCGAUCAUAACAAUAAUAAUAAUAAUAAUAUAUGGGAUUGGGAUCCCUUCCGUGUUAUUGAACACUUACCUCUCGAUCUUCAUGACAGAGAUGAUCACGUGACUCUUGCAGCCGUGGACUGGAAGGAGACUAAAGAUGGUCACGUGAUUUCCCUAGACGUUCCUGGGUUUAGUAAAGACGAGUUAGGGAUCGAGAUUGAGGAGAAUCGGGUGUUAAGAGUCAGCGGCGAGAAAAAGAAAGAAGAGAAAGAGGAAGGAGAUGAUGAUCACUGGCACAGAGCUGAGAGGUGGUCUUAUGGGAAAUUCUGGAGACGGUUUCGAUUGCCUGAAAAUGCAGAUAUUGAUUCUGUUAAGGCAAAACUUGAGAACGGUGUACUUGUUGUCUCUUUUUCCAAGCUUUCUCCAGAUCGAAUCGGAGGUACCAAGCUUGUCUCUAUAGAUGGUGGUGGUGCUGGUGCCGGUGCCGGUGGAUCAGAAGCUAAAGAGGAGCUAUGAAUUAUAAUAAGUAACUAAACCAACCAUGCAGUCUUAUCUCUAUCUAUGUUU